CCUGAGCCUUCAGUGCUUGUUUACGAUUUGGCGGCUCGCAAUACGGUUCAUAUGGAACGGGCACCAUCUGGGUUGGUCGUCAAACGCUCCGAUGCGGACGAAAGCGCGGAUUCGAAAGUAGCCGAGAAUGCGAUUGUCGCCGCCCAGUUGGAAUCAGAUCGGUUGGAAGCGUUAGAGCGAGAGCAGUGUUUGCACACACGGGAAAGUUUAAUCAAAGCAGAUUUGCGUGGACAACGUGCCACUAAGCGCCUGGUCUCAGAUAUGAUGAUGGAAACUCAUGGUGCUUGUUAUGAUCGUGGUUUCGCGAGCCACUUACUGACUCGCAAUCCGUUGAGAAAUUUCAGCGUUUAA